AUGGCAGUUCACUCACUUUCAUACCCGUCUCCCACGGACGGCGCCAGCACAUCGUCACGGGAUGUCCUGAUCUAUUUCAUCUCCGGAAACCCCGGGCUCAUCGACUAUUACGAGUCCUUUCUGUCGACUCUCAGACACCUGCUUGACUCUUCGCCAAGCUCAAGGGACACUCGUUUCCAUAUCUAUGGCCAGGACCUCGCUGGGUUCGACGACAAUGACCACAAGCCCUUCACCAGUGCCAACCCACCACACGACGUGGCGUAUCAAAUUCAGGACUGCUUCGAUACGCUGUCAGGCCUCCGCGUGGAGGAUGGACCCCGAAAGGGCAAGCCGUAUGACGACGUGUUGCUGAUGGGCCACUCAGUGGGCACGUAUAUCAUCCUGCAGAUAUUCCACCGGCUCUUGCGUGACCCGGCCUCAGCGCCGCAACUGCAUCUCCGGGCCGGAAUCCUGCUAUUCCCUACCAUCGAGCACAUCAACCGGUCGCCACAAGGUUUGCGUCUGGAUCUGCUGCGGCGGACGCCAGUGCUGGGCGCCCACGCGCACUUGGUCGCGCGCGGGUUCCUCCGCCUGUGGCCGCGUGCCGCCCUGAGCUGGUUCGUCCGCACCGUCCUGGGCUUCCCGCCCCACGCCGCCGACGUGACCGUCCGCUUCCUGCAGAGCCGCGACGGCGUCUGGCAGGCCCUGCACAUGGGCAUGGACGAGAUGCAGGCCAUUGGCGAGGGCCAGUGGGACGACAAGCUGUGGGAGAUCGAGGCCGAGGCCGAGGCGGCUGCGACCGGCAAUUCCCAACAGCAGCAGCAGCAGGUGGUGCCAAAGUUCUUCUUCUUCUUCGGAAAAGAUGACCACUGGGUUGCCAGCCACCUGCGGGAUGAGUUCAUUGAGCGGAUGAGCCAGAAGGCCGAGCGUACGCGGUGCGUUGUUGAUGAGGGCAACCUGCCGCACGCGUUCUGCAUUCGCAACAGCGAGACGGUGGCUGAGAAGGCACUUCACUGGAUCAAUGAGAUCUAUGAUGCAUAA